AUGCUCGCGCUGAUCGGGGAUCAGAAAGGAGGGCUCACGGUGUGGGAUCCCCGCCAGGGCGACCAUCCCGCGCACGCCGCGACGCUGCACCCGGGCGGGGUCCUCAGCGGUAUUCGGGGGAUCCCGGGCACACCCUACGUCACGACCUGCGGCGCCGAUAAUCGAAUUUUAGUGCUUGACCCUCGCAAGAAUUAUUCCCCCGUACACGAAUUCAAGGACCAUACGGACUUUAUUUACUCUUUGGAGGUUUUAGGUCCACUGGUGCUUUCUGGGGCAGGGAAUGGCUGGCUUCUCGUGCACGACGCGCUUACUGGUAAGUGUUGCUACGGACUGGGGGCCAACACCGCGGCCGUCCGCGUGAUAUAUGCGGAUCCGACGCUAUUGUUCGCAGCUGGCGAUGACGGAAAUGCGUCCGUGUAUGACUAUGUCUAG